AAGACACCAAAUGUAAGUUGCUUUCAUCCAUUUGGUUGUAAAUGCUUCAUCCUGAAUACAAAGGAUCAUCUCUCAAAAUUCGAUGCUAAGUCAGAUCAAGCUACAUUUCUUGGAUAUUCAACCAAAGGUCAAGCAUAUAGAGUGUAUAAUCAUAGAUCCAAAAGAGUUGAGGAGUCUGUGUUUGUAAAAUUUGAUGAAACAAUGGGGACUAACAAGGGUUCUGCCGAAAGCAUAGAUUUCCUGUUUCCUGUUUCUACAGAAGAAACAAACUCGGGAGGAAUAGAAGCUCCUGAAGAACAUCAUACUAGCAAGUGUGAACCGGUGACUGAAGUAGAAGAAGAAAAGGAGGCUCCUGCACACAUUCAAAAACGACAUCCUCCAUCUCAGAUCAUUGGUCAACUCAAGGAUGGCAUCCACACCAGAGGUAAGUAUCAACCAGGUCAGUAUGCUCUUGUGUCUCUACUAGAACCUAGGAAUUAUAAGGAAGCGAUCACUGAUGAUGAAUGGUUGAACGCUAUGCAAGAAGAAUUACUUCAAUUUGCUAGAUUGCAUGUGUGGGAACUUGUUCCACGUCCAAUAGACUGUUUAAUCAUAGGAACAAAAUGGGUUUUCAGAAAUAAAACUGAUGAAGAAGGUGCAGUAGUUAAAAACAAAGCCAGACUAGUAGCACAAGGUUACCUGUAGGAAGAAGGAAUUGACUUUGAAGAAUCUUUUGCACCUGUUGCGCGAAUUGAAUCCAUUAGAAUGCUCUGUGCAUAUGCAUGUUAUAUGAAAAUUCCUCUAUACCAGAUGGAUGUAAAGAGUGCCUUUUUAAAUGGAGAGAUAAAAGAAGAAGUGUAUGUUAGUCAACCUCCUGGCUUCAUUGAUUAUAAAAAUCCAGACCAUGCGUACAAAUUAUCAAAGGCCUUAUAUGGACUAAAACAAGCACCUAGGGCAUGGUAUGAAAAACUCUCCACAUUCUUGAAGAAUGAAGGUUUCUGUCAAGGAAAUGUUGACAAAACCUUGUUCAUUAAAAGAGAAGACUCACAUACUCUAAUAGUGCAAAUAUAUGUUGACGACAUAGUGUUUGGUGCAACAAACCCCUCCAUGUGCACAAAGUUUUGUGAAAGUAUGAAAUCAGAAUUUGAAAUGAGCAUGAUGGGAGAAUUAUCCCAUUUUCUAGGCUUACAAAUCAAGCAAACUAAAUCUGGAAUUUUCAUUAAUCAGUCAAGUUACAUUGAAGCUAUGCUUAAGAAAUUUGAUAUGAACUC